UGGAAGAUGGCAGCUAAAGCUUUUAAAGGAAAUAAUGCCCUCUCUAUGAACAUUUUAGCAGAAUGUUCCACUUCAAAAGCCAGGGCGUCUGCAAUGACAUUACCUCAUGCGAUAGUAGACACCCCAGUAUUCAUGCCAGUCGGUACUCAGGGAACACUGAAAGGCCUUGUUCCUGAUCAACUCAGAGAACUUAAUUGUAAAAUUAUGUUAGGAAAUACCUACCAUCUUGGACACAGGCCUGUAUGAACCAACUAUAAGUCUAAUGAUAAAGCCUGAAAUUAAGCAAAAUUCAUUUAAAUUGUCAGCAUAUGUCAUAAAAGUAUUAUGACUAAAUUAUGAGACAAUUUAAAGUUAUUUUCAUAAAAUAUAAGACCAUUGUCAGCCAUUGUGUCAUUGUCAUUGUGUGACUUAACUGGCUGCCAGUGUAAAAGGAUGUGUAUGUGCGAGCGUGGGGGGGGGGGGGGGGGGGGUGGGGGGGGUAGGGAGAGGGGGGUGUGCAGAAAGAAGACGUCAGCUGGGGCGCCAGCCUCAGGGUGUUUCAAAAUAGUAGAUUAUCAUGUUAAUUUUAUAUAUGUUUAUUAUAUGCCUAAAUCAACUAGCAUAGGAAGUGGUGGCUCUUUUUUAUCUGAGUCAUGAGGCGCAUCAUUUUUAGUCCAAAAGAAGUGACCCAACAAUCAAAAUAAAGUCAUAAAGUUAAUUUAUGGAUUAAAAGACACAGGCCUAAUUUUUUGUUCAUGAAUUAUUAUUACUUAUUAUUUAACAUGGAUAAGGCAAGGUGACUUAAGUGACUAUACUAUUUGUACUGUCUUUACCAAGAACUGGUUUUUGGACAACUUGUCCUGUUAAAAUUUAAAAGCCGUGAGUUGUAACUUGUAACCAGUGCAGAGUACAGUUAAAUAUAAAAUAAAAUAAAAAUUAUAAUACUAAGAUUGAGUUCAUGUGACAUAUAGGCAUGCAGAAAUAAAUAAUAAAUACAACAAAUUUUUAAAAUAUGUUUAAUCCAAAUUAGCAUAGGCAUAAGUUCAGUUCAGAUCAAAAAGUAUUUUCAAAAGAGCAUCUCAUAGACAGAAGUCAGUUCUCUGUAUGAAAAAAACAACAAAUACAUUUUAUUUUUUAAUAUGUGCCUCUAAAUUUGAAACAAAUGGUUAUCUUAGACAUUGGAAGGCCAAAACAACAAAAAGCUUUUAGCUAAAUUCUGUAAAUCCUUUGUUAUCCAGACCUAGCAAAAAAAAAGAAAUAUGGGGAGAAAAAAUAUAGGUUAAACAAAAAAAACCAACAAAAACUAAUGUGGUAGCAAAGAGCUGCUUUUUUUAGGUUCUUGGCUUUUUUUUUAUAUCAGUAUUACAAGAUAUCUUUUUUUUAAUGAUUGUAAAAAAAAUCAUAUCUUAAUAAAGUAUUUUAAACAAAUAAAUAGUUAAAAUAAAAGUUAUAAAACAACAAAACUUUUUAAUGACAACUAGAAGUAAAAAUUUAAAAAAACUCAUCCAGGUCGCCACAUAAAUCACAGAUGCUAAUAUCAACCUUUACAGUUUACCCUUGCUUUCACACAUUCAAAACUGUUGGAGCAAUAAAUUAGACAUUGGACAAUAAGAAGCUUAAAUCCUAUUUGUCUGUUCAAAAUGACCAAGUUCAGGAUCAGUAGCCCAUCUAAAUUUAGAAACAGCGCUGUUUCAUUGAUAUCAUUCAUUAGUUAUACGACAGUGUAAUACUGUAGUAACUACUUUGAGUAGUAGAUCGUAAUUACAUUUCCGUGUGUGUAAUUCUUAAGAAGAACUGCGAUGUAAGUACGUGUUCUCUUAAUUUAUAUUAAAUAAUUUAAUAUUACUAUCAAUCAGUGACUAGCAUUAGUUAUUAUUCCUAUUUAUUACAAAAGCAUGUUGAGUUAUUUGUGACUUUUUGUACAGUUUUGUUUAUUCUACAAGUUGGCAUGUAUUAUUAAAUUGUACUAAAUAUAUUUUAUGCCUAUUGUUUAUAGGGUCUACUACUACUAUGUAUUAUGACUAUGUAUAUUUUUGGUGUUAGUGAAAACUAACAGUAGUAUUUGCUAACAUUUACGCCAUUAAUACCUUAUUAUUAAUUGAAUCAUCUUUUCACUAUCGCACUCGAUUAAUUUUGUUUGCACGUGCAACCCAUCUACAUGGGUUGCACGUGCAACCCAUCUACAUGGACAUAUUAUAUUGUCGUUAUGGUCUGUACAGGCACAUGUUGCUGAUGUGCUGUUUAUGUUGGCCACUCUGAAAUUUUCCCUGGAAAGUCCUGCAAAGCUUUAAAUUUGGUAAUUUUAAGGUUCAGUGCAACUGUUCUCAUUUUGCUUUUAUUUCUCUCAGGGUCCAGAAUUGUUAGAAAAAGCUGGUGGUCUUCACAAUUUUAUGAAGUGGGAUCGUGCUUUACUAACGGUAACCUAUAUUAAAAAAUUAAUACUACAUUUUAGAUCAUUUUAAAUGAACAUCUAGGAAUCUUUAAAUAAAAGGUUUAUUUUAAAACAUACUAAAAAGCCCUUGAUCCCCCACCCUCUCCCUCUUUUUUCUACCAUAGUUUUUAUUAUCACCAGGUUACUAUGAUUCAACAACUUUUUUUUCAUUACCCUACACUGAAAAAAAUUCUAUAAUAUUAAAAUCAGUAACCAUAUCUAUAUGAGGGUUCAUUAAUUAAAGCAACCUAAAUUUAAUUAUGUUUGGCUUCAGUCAUCAAAAAGAAUGAUAGUUUUUAGUUUUAUUUCAACAAUAGUUUUUUUUAUCCAUUCUCGUCUUCUUUGCCUUUGCAAUUCCAAGUUGAGCAUAGCCCAUUAAUAAUUUCUUUCCAAGCCUUCACUUCCCGUCUCUUGUUAUCUUUUCUAACUCUUUCCAACUCUUUCAGAUCUUUAUUACCACCUUAUCCACAUUUAUUCACAUGGUAGUUUUUUUUACUACUAUACUGUCCUUUUUAUUUUAAAAAUUAAUUUUUUAACUCAACUUGAAUCAACAGGAUAGUGGUGGUUUUCAAAUGGUGUCAUUGCUAGAAUUGGCGGAAAUCACGGAGGAAGGUGUCCAGUUUAAAUCUCCUCAUGAUGGCUCUCAAAUGUUGCUGACUCCGGAGAAGUCCAUUGAAAUUCAGAAUUCUAUAGGUCUUUUGUUUAUACAGAGGAUUCUUGUUAACUGGCACUCUUAAGGCCUACAUAAUUUUGACCCAAAUAUAACUGAUGCCCCAUUUAUCUGAAUUUCAUUGUGAAGCAAUGCUUGAAAUGAAGGAUCAUAAUAAAACAAAGUAAAUUCAGUGUCAAAAUUACUGUAAAUAAUGUUAAAAAUGGUAGAAAAAAAAUUGUCAUUGUGUUAUAAUUUUUCCAGAUUAAUAAGACACGAACAAAUUGUGUCAAUAUAACAAUAUAAGUUAAGCUUUAAUAAUAAUUAUAUAUUAUGCACAAGUAAACGUUUCGGCACAUGCCUUCAUCAGUACAAACAAACAAAUAAGUAUAAAUUAAAUUUACAUAAUAUAAAUAUAAAUAUCCUACCUAAAAAAAAAAAAAAAAAAGAAGAGGGCGAAAAAACAAAAAAAAAAAAAAAAAAAAAAAAAAAAAAAUAAAAAUAUAAGUUAAGCUUUAAUAAUAAUUAUAUAUUAUGCACAAGUAAACGUUUCGGCACAUGCCUUCAUCAGUAAAAACAAACAAAUAAGUAUAAAUUAAAUUUAAAUAAUAUAAAUAUAAAUAUCCUACCUAAAAAAAAAAAAAAAAUAGAAGAGGGCGCUAAAACCAGACAAAAACAAAGUAAAGAGGAGUAGAAAGGAAGUGAUUUGAACAUAAUUGUAAAAAACAAACAGGAAACAUUUACUUGUGUAUAAUGUAUAAUUAUUAUUAAAGCGUAACUUAUAUUGUUAUAUUGACACAAUUUGUUCAUGUCUUAUUAAUCUAUUUUAAAGCUUUAUUUCAGUCCAAUACUUUUUAUAAUUUUUCUAGGGUGAUUCGCUCAGUACUUUUUUUUUUAUUAACUGCAAUAUUAAGUGCCUCCCUACAUGAAGUAGCGGUAUAAUUAAUCAAUGGAUUUUCUGGUCAGUGUCUCACUGAAGCUUAGAGUUUUAAUUUUUUUUUUUGGUGUAGGCAUCUGAUUAUUAAAAAUGCUUUGUUGGCAGUAGUUAAGCAGUUAAAAAAUUUAAGAUAUUAUCUCCUGCCAUUUGUUUUAUAACAUGAGAAAUAUCCCCCACCCCCACCCCCUUUUCUGGUGUACCACUUAGCCUGAAUCCACUGUACUAUAAAACUGACUUUAUUUAUUUGAAAUAACUCUGUUCCUAUAUCAUCACACUUAUGCAAUGGACCCUGAAUAAAAAAGUGGCUAAUAAUUAAAUAAAAAAUAAGAAACAUGUAGCUGAAUAGAAAAGUUGCUAAUAAUUCAAUUUAAAAAAAGAAACGUAAUUCUUAUUUAAAUGCUAGUAAUUGCUAAAAAGCAUCAUGGAGAAAAUUUUUGAUGGGCGCUUGCUCUGUCAUGUUUACUGUGACAUUUAUGAUUUAGAAAAUAAGGAAGAAGCUUUAAUAUUUAUAAGAAAUUCUUUUAAAAAAAAGCUUUGUGGUCCUGUAUUAUUUUACUCUGUGAUUGCUAGAGAAUAGUUUUUAUAAGUGUCACAUUCAACAUUUAGCUAAACAUUUUACAAGAAUUUGAUGAAUAACUUUUAAUCUCUUUAAUAGGUGCUGAUAUCAUUAUGCAGCUUGAUGAUGUGGUUCAUUCUUCUGUUAGCGGACCACGGCUUGAGGAGGCCAUGUACAGGUGACAUUUAAAAAAGCCCUUUUAUAGUUCAAAAUUUUAAAAAAAUCUACAGUAACUUGAGUUACCCAUUUGUAGUUUUUAUUUCCAAUGUUGUAGAAGGCAAAUAGAAAAUAUGACCAGUAUGAAAAUGAAACAGUUUGUUGUGACAUGGUUAAUUGAACUUACAAAAAUUUACUCACAGGACUAUUCGGUGGUUAGAUAGAUGUAUCAAAGCACACAAACGACCCACAGAGCAAUGUCUGUUUCCAAUCGUGCAAGGUGGAUUAAAUUCGGAACUGCGAACAAAAUGUGCACAUGGUAAAACUGUAACUGUACCUAACUAGUUUGGGUAGUCUUUGAUUAGUUUUCAUACCAAAAAAUAUUUUUUUUUACACAAAUCUGCUCUGACCCAUGUUUUGGUGACUGGUUCAUAAUCUUAUAAAUUUGUUAAUGAUUUUAAAUUACGUUUUUGUUUCAGAACUAAUAAAACGUGAUGUUGGAGGUUAUGCCAUCGGGGGUCUGAGUGGUGGAGAGGAGAAAUCAGAGUUUUGGAGAAUGGUGAAAAUAUCGACAGAUCUGUUGCCCAGAGAUAAACCUCGUUACUUGAUGGGAGUAGGGUGAGGGUCAACAUGAGUGAUAAAUAAUUUGAUUGAAGGAAGUUUAGAAAGUUCACAGGCCAAAUUAAAAAAAUGUUUAGCUAAAAUAAGUUUAACCAAUAAGCUGAACUAUUUUUUGAAUUAUAAUCCCACUUUUGUCAAUUUUACUAAACAACUAUAAAAAAUUUGGACUACUUUCAUGUUUAGAUUUGCUGUUGACCUGGUUGUUUGUGUCGCUCUUGGGUGUGAUAUGUUUGAUUGCGUUUUUCCUACACGCACAGCGGUAAAAUACAACUUUUUAUGUUUUUUUUUAUUACUUUAAAUCAAAUUGUGACUUUGAAUUUAAGACUCUGAUUGAUCUUUUUUACCCUCAUACCAUCUACCUAUAUCUAUAAAGGCAAUAUAUAUAAAGAGUACCACUCACUGGAUGUUAAUUAAAUUAUUGUUUAUGUAAGAAGGCACAUUCAUCUACUAAAAAUGGCUGUAUGAUUGUCAGCAUGAGUUUAAUUCUGAUUCAAUUUAGGUUUAUUUUUCAAAUGUUGUGUACAGUGUUUAAAUGCAAAAAUGAAAAUGAUUUUUAUAGAUGUUUUAAAUGUAUAUAUUUUAAUUUUUAAUCAUAAAAAUAAGGUCUUUAAUAAAUGUCUUUGUUUCAUUGUCAGAGAUUCGGCUGUGCUUUGGUUAAAGCUGGUCAACUCAACCUGAAGAACAAAAUGUUUGCCAAGGAUUUCCAGCCCAUUGACAGUGAGUGUGAGUGUUCUACAUGCAAGACGUACACAAGGGCUUUUCUACACACUCUGGCCAACACAGAGCCAGCAGCCUGCAAUAUAAUCACAGUUCAUAAUGUGGCGUAUCAGGUAAUGCAAAGUUCAUUAUGUAGCACACCAGGUACAACUGUAACUUACAGUUUAUUAUGUAGCGAUCAGGAAUAGCAAUACAAAUUCAUAAUGUAGUGCAACAGGUACAACUGUCACAGUUUAAAUGUAGCAUACCAGGUAAAACUGUCACAGUUCAUAAUGUAGAAUACCAGGUAAAACUGUCACAGUUCAUAAUAUAGCAUACCAGCUAAAACUUUCACAGUUCAUAAUGUAGCUUGUCUGGUAAAACAAUAAAAGUGCAUCACAUGUUUUGAAACGAACUCCAAUAUUUUUAUAUAAUCAAACUCAGAAACUGUUAAAUUGACUAAUGUUUUGGUUUGCAGCAAGUAUGGUCUUAUGUAGAGCAAACCUCCAAAUCAUGUCAUUAAUUUACUUUAAAUCCUUAACAUUUUUUGCAAGUUUUCUGUGAACAUGUUCUAUGUUUUUGUUCAUGUAAAUAUAUUAUGUAGUUUCCAAGUGUUAGAAUAUCAUGGUGCAUUGCUCUAUAAUUAACUUAUACUCUGGUCUUUUUAUCAAAGAAAUAAGCAGAAAAAGUAAUAUUUUAUCACACUGAGGUCAUUCUACUUCUUCUGGUAAAUAUUGCUUUGUUCAACUUUUGCUGUCCAUAUGAUUAUAAAUAAUUUUAAAAAAAAUAUAUCUUUCAAUCCGCCUUAUUUUACUCUUCAGCUCAAGUUAAUGACAUCAAUGAGACAAAGUAUCAUAGAGGACAAAUUCCCAGAUUUUGUUCAGACAUUUUUUGAUGAUAUGUUCCCUAAAAAAGAUUUUCCUGAAUGGGCAACUGAUGCACUGGCCAGUGUCAACAUUCAUCUGAGAUAGCACAUAUUUUAUUCUACUUUACAUCAAACUGUUGUCAAUGUUUUAAACGUUAAAUUUCUUGUGUCUCUUAUAUAAUAUUUAUACUGUUGGCAACAGGGGUCUGUCUGAGAGAAUUUUAAUUAUAAUUGUUGUAUAAAGGAGAUAUGCUUGUACUAAACAUUUGAUGAUAACGUUGCACAAUAUUUACAAUAAUUUAAAAAAAAAUCUUAACUCAUGUUUAAGAUAUACAUAUUUAUCAGUGAAUGCAUUUGAGGAAUAUAUCCAUUGGGUCUAAUAAAAUCCCAUUUUCAUCUAAUUAGAAUAAAGUUUUAUGUAAAUAUUUUUGUCUCAUUUAUGAAAUUAAAAAAAAAAGUGUCUUUCAACUUUCAUAAAUACCACUGAAAUUCAUAAUUAAUAAAUUAGUAAAACAUCUUAAGAUUAAGAGAUGUUCUGAUUGAAAAAA